CUUCCGUCCGCGGCAACCGGAAACGAAGCUAGAGCGCCGGAAGUUGAGGGGAGUUUCCUGUGAGCUCGGCUUCCUCAACAUGGCAGCGCCCUUGUCAGUGGAAGUGGAGUUCGGAGGCGGUGCGGAGCUCCUAUUUGACGGUGUGAAGAAACAUCAGGUCACCUUGCCUGGACAGGAGGAGCCCUGGGACAUCCGGAGCCUCCUUGUGUGGAUCAAGAAGAAUUUGCUAAAAGAGCGGCCUGAGUUGUUCAUCCAGGGAGACAGCGUGCGGCCGGGGAUUCUGGUGCUGAUUAAUGAUGCCGACUGGGAACUUCUGGGUGAGCUGGACUACCAGCUUCAGGACCAGGACAGCAUCCUCUUCAUAUCCACGCUGCACGGCGGCUAAGGGCCCCUCUCUGUGCCUGGGCCCCCUUGGGGUGGGGAGAGCAGAGCAAGCAGACAUCCCCUUGGGCCCUGCUUCCAGAGCUCCCUGUCCCCCUUGGCUGCUUUCUUCCCUGCUCUGUCCCCUGAGCUCCCUCCAGGCAGGGAAAAGAGGCCAGGUGCUAAAAAUGAGCCUUUCUCAGGCACGUGAGCAGGGGAAGGCGGGCGGGCGGGCAGGCGCCCGAGCCCAGCACUCCCUCUCCCAGCAGCUGAGGUGGGGGAGGGUGCCCCUGGGUUUGUCAGGAGUGGAGGGGGUCUGUGCAGCCAGGUGACCCAGCUGCUCUCCUUUCCUUGUAUCUCAGUCUGAACACUGAGUGACCGCUAACAAGGCACUCCAGCUCCUGGGCCGCAGUGCCUUCCUGGGGAAGAUGAAUGAACCUGAAAAGCUGAUGGUAGGCCCCUCCCUUCUCAGAGAUUGGAGGGGUCUCCGCCUCAGUUUCCCCAUCUGGACAGCAGAGGGCUCUGCCUGUCCCCCACUGAUAUCAUUAUGGAACCCCAGCUGGGGUCCCCUAUUCAGUGCCGACCCCCCCCCACCACACACACAGCAGCUGCUCUUCCAACCACACCCCUCCUCCUGCUCCCCCAUCCACAGACCUUGACCCUGGCUGGCCUCCCCCCACACAGGCCACCAGAUGGGCUCCUGAGACCCUCCCCCUGGCAAAAGGCUGCCUGUGUACAGCUCAUUCCACUUGGGGGCGGGGGGCUGGGGAGGGGGGGAAGGAGGGUGUAGGCUAAGCCUUGGACUGGCAAAUAGAGGCCUGGGGUGAGGGGGGGUCAGUGUGCCUCAGUUUCCUCCUCCACAACAACUGAAUUUUUAUAGUAUAUGAAAACUGGGGAGAUAUGUGAUGGCACAAAUGUACACUUGAGCUCCUCUCCCACCUCCUGCAGGAAGCAGGAUGGGGGCAGGCAGCACCUGGUAGGCAGGCUGGUUCACCCCUCCUCCCUCCAUCCCUUCUGGAGGUCUUGGGGCCUCAGUGCCUGCAACAGCUGGCCUUGGGCAAAUAAAAGACUAGGUUGUUUACUG